GGGUCUGGACCAGGUGAGGGGACCAGGCGAGGGAUGGGGCCGGCCAUGCCGAGGCCCGCAGCCUCGGAGCGAUGGGCCCCGGGCUCCGACUCCAGGACCGGAACCCCGAACUUCGCCUCUCUAGACCGCCCCCUGCUGCCAGCCUGUCCCUCGGGCCGGCCCGGACGGCUCCAGCGCCACCUCCUGAGCGGCGAGUUCGACCAGCUGCGAGACUUCCCCAUCUUUGAGAGCAACUUCGUGCAGGUGACCCGUCUAGGAGAAGUUGCCAACAAGGUCACCAUGGGGGUGGCCGCCUCCAGUCCAGCCCUAGAGCUCCCAGACCUGUUGCUGCUGGCAGGCCCCGCCAAGGAGAAAGGACACCUGCAGCUCUUUGGGCUGUUCCCCUUGCAGUUCGUCCAGCUCUUCGUCCACGAUGAAAGCCGCUGGCAGCUCAAGGUCAAGUUCCGCACUGGCCGCGCCUUCUACCUGCAGCUGCGGGCCUCCCCGCAGACCCGCGACCGCGAGUUCGGCCAGUGGGUGCGGCUGCUCUACCGCCUGCGCUUCCACUCGGCGCAGGGAGCUGUGCCCUUCACGCAGGACUACUCGGCGCUGGAGGACGGGGAGGACUCGGACUCGGACCUGGACGACGCCGAGGACCUGUUCGAGCGCGAGCUUCAAGCCAUGGAAGCAAGACUCAACCCUCAGUCCUCUGAGCUCUGGGGUCUCUGACCUCCGCAGCACCCCUGGAGGCCGACUGUGGACCAGAGAGAAAUGCCCUACCCCUGGCGGACAAAUGAGUUAUUAAAGUUAAUAAAGACCAGCCG